AAAUAGUCUCAAAGGGCUCAAGAAACCAUGAUAAACAGCGCAGGACAAAGGAGAUGCGCUGUUUGUGGAGACUACCCUGCUAAGAUCCAUUACGGUGUACUAGCAUGUUUUGGCUGUAAAGGAUUUUUUCGUCGAGCUGUCAAAGAUGGACGGAACAAAUACGUUUGCAGAUUCGACAAGAACUGCGAAGUUACAAAAUUCGAGCGCAACGCUUGUCGAUAUUGUCGAUUCCGGAAAUGUUUGCUCGUUGGCAUGAACCCUGAUUUUGUCCGACCCGAUCGCGAGGAGGUUCGAGAAAAGCUUCGUGGCCAAAAAUCGCUGUUGUCCAAGAAGAAAAGCCUAGGAAGAACAUUAUCGGGUAGAAAUGAUGGUGAUGACUGGACUCUGCAGUUGCCCAGCCAUUCUAGGAAGCUUUUGAGUGAGCUGAACGCUUUGGAAAAUGAUGUGCAAACUCUGACAGAUUCCGCCUAUGAUGCAGUUGCUGAUUUUUCUCUAAAAAGUCUUAUUGCUGAUCGUACGCUGGCCAGAAAAAGCACCGCUAAUCAAACUCGAAUACCUGCCAAACAAGAUCUUGCUCCAGGCUUUCUCUCUAUCCAAAGGGUGGUGGCAACGACUGACUUUAUCGAUGGGCUUGUUUCCAUUAUCGAUAAAGACAUGUCACGUAAAACUACUGUGGAAGAUAAGUGUUCGCUAAUCAGUUCUACAUUUCUUACGCUGAACCUUCUCGAUGAUGCUGCUCGAGCUAUAGCUAAAGAUUCUUCAUUCUACGCGGAUGAGCUGACGAAAGCUUUUGAACAUUACCAAAUUGAAAAAAGCGCCUUAUCACGAUUUGUGUUCAUAUGUGAGCGUUUGAAGAAACUUUCCCCUACGCCAAUGGAAUAUUCCCUUCUUCGAGCACUGGCUGUCUCCACACCAGAUCGUGAAGUGCUUUCGAACGGCUUCAGUGAGCAUUUGAGCGAUUUGCAUGAAUCCCUGCAAGAGCUGCUAUUUCGGGCGAUUUCUGCAAUGCUGCUCCCAGCAUUACGACAAUCAUAUCCUCGUGACAAUAUAAAGCAGCUUCCCUAUCGAAGAAUCCUUACCGACGUCGUCAAUCCAGAAGUCUACGACCUGCUUCUCACCAUGUCCAACAACCAUAACGGUUCCGCUACAGUACACUCGGACGAGCACCGAACCAUCACAGCUGCUCCUCUCACAAAUUGCCCAUCGCUCUUCGUUGGAGGCUCUUCUACAGAUUGUAACCAUCGUGGAGAAGAUCAUCAGUUCACUGCGCCACAAGUUCUUAGGCCACAAAGCCUUGGAUUUUCUUGCAAGUUGCCUCUUACAAUGACGAAAUCCAUAGAGGACAUGUUGCGACCUCCGGGGAUGAGCGAGGAGAUCCUGAACAGGCCUCUCGCCAGGGAUUGGGCCGACGGCGUACGGUUGACGCCUGUGUUCAAUAGAGACGUUGUUGCUCAGUUCUUUCCUGAGCUGUCCGAGAAUCCUAUUCUGUAA